UGUCAAUCAUAGCCUGCAACGCAACGCAAAUAUAUUUUGUAUUAUAAAAUGUGUGUUUUGUGAUCACAGCAAGAACUGUUUUUCAUCAAUUUAGAUUUCGUUAUUUAGAUAUACUACCUACUAUACGGUAUUAUAAUGGCGUUUAUACUGCCAGAUAAUAUCCUAGACACUUUAGUUUGCAGUUUUUGUCAUAAAUAUCUGUCGGUGAAACCCGUAAAAGUUUAUCCAAACAAGCUUAUACAGUGUGGAAGAUGUGUUGAUGUUGAUAAUGAGGAAGCCCCAGUCAAUAAAUCAGAAGGGGUAGAAUCACUAUAUGGAAAACUUGCUGAAACCAUUUUGUUUAAAUGUGUUAACAGAUUUGAUGGUUGUCGAGAAUUGUUAACAUAUUCUCAGGUUAGGGAUCAUGAACAGGUAUGCUUGGAGAAAAUUCACAAGUGUCCAAUUUGUUAUGAAGAAAUGGCGAGUUUUCUGAUACUUCCACACUUUCGUUCCAAACAUAAAGAUUCUACAUUGGACUGCCCUGCGUUUGUUUUCAACUUGAAUGAUUAUUUAGAAAUGCCUAGUGUUUAUAUAUAUCAAGAAGAAGAUAAUCUGUUUUUUCUGUAUAUUAGCUACAGAAAGUCGGAAAAUACGAUAAAAUUAUAUUUGGUUUAUCAAGGUAGUUAUAAACUCGCUAAAAAUAUAUACCAUGAAUUUACUGUAAGUAGUGAAAACAAAGAAUUUGAUAUUGUAUUGAACGAAAAACCAUGUACUGAUGAUUUUUUUGUUGUGGAUAUAUCGGAUAUGCCAAAUUUGAUACAAAUUAAAUUUAAAUUAAUUGAUCGCAAUCUAAAGGUUUUGAAGGCACCAGAAAUUAGUAAGGCUCUGAGAAAACCUAUAGUUGAAAAUGCUUCACACGAACAUCAAAUUCAAAAUUACCAUGCCGAGUCCUAUCCAGCAAAAUGUAAUAGAUGCCACGAAUAUUGUUUGAUUGAGUCAUUGCCUGGAGUUGAAAUUCUCAGUUACUACUGGGACAAAAAAAAUGGAGGUUUUAUGUGCAUCUAUUGCUAUCAGUGGUUCUACUAUAGAAGAUAUUGUACUAAAUACAAUGAUCAUGAAAAAAUUGUUGACAAGUGGAUGAUUCAUAGAAUGAAUGAUUUGUUUCCAUGCCGUUGUAGUAAUAAUUGUGGUUCGUAUAUUAAUUUAUCUCACUUGCCAUCACAUGAAUUAGAGUGUAAACUAGGUAGGCAAUUUAUUUGCCCUACACAAAAUUGCUAUUGGGAAGGAACUGCUAACAAAAUGAUCGAACAUUUGAAAGAUUUGCAUAAAUGUAUGGCAUUUGGGUAUCACUUCCAACUACCUAGAAAUAUUUCAAGUUGUUAUGUAUUUGUAAAGGAGUAUAUUGUAUUUUUACAUGUAACUCCUAAAUCAGAUUUUGCAAAACUUGAAAGUAACGAUAUUAGCGUGGAGCUAGUAACAAAAACUGACAAUGCUUACAAAAAUCCAACGAUUUUGUUUUUUGAUAAGAAGAAUGAAAUUUUAAAGGGUAACUUCGAGUUUGCAUUUUACGGGGAAGUAUUUGUAAAAGUUAUGGUAUAUCGUGAUGCCGAUUUGUGAAACAAUUGUGCAUUUAUUGAUAGAACCAUAUAAUUUGGACCACAUAUACUACACAUAUAAAGGUUUAAAUUUAGAUGUGAGGUCAUCUCAGAUUUUGCCUCUUACAAAAAUGGCGGGCAUUCAAAAUGGCGACUAUACCUAUGUGACUAAUAGCACUAUAACUUUUGAACGAAAAGUCCGAUUUUAACCAAAUGUGGUAUUAUAUAGGUUAUUUUUUUGAUGUAUAAGAUCGAGCCCUCGAACCAGAAGAAGUUUACCAGAAGUUGUGUUUUUCUUGGUUUUUUAUGUAAAAAUAUGUUAUUUUUUUUUCAAUUGUUUCACCCUGUAUAUAUUAAUUUCUCAAAAAGGUAAUACCGCCAUUGAAAAUAGCGUAAAAAUAUUUUUUAGGAAAUAUUGUGAACUUUUUAGUUAUGUUAAUUACCAUUUAAUAAAUGCUUAGCGUAUCUUCACACGUACCUAUGUGCGGCAGCAAAAACACAACUUUUGGUAAACCGAUUCUUCCGGUUCAAGACCUCGAUCUUAUACAUAAAAAAUGAACCUUUAUACCAAAUUUGGUUAAAGUCGGAUUUUUCUUUCAAAAGUUAUCGUGCUAUUAGUCACAUCCCACAUAACAAUUUCAUGUUCUUAGUAGAUUCAUAGAACAUACUUUUCAGAAAAAGUAUAUACUGAGAAUGUGCGUAAUUACCAUUGCGAAUGUGCAGAGCAGAUACUGAGUAUAUACUACAUUACAGUACUUAAACGUUCUAUUUAUAUACUUAGAAUGUACUACCGCACUUCUUUUCAGUAUAUACCAAGAAUGUUCUUUUUAGAACAUUCCAAGGACGUGCUAUAAACCUUCUAUGUGUAUACUUAGAACAUACUACCGCACAUCUUUUUAGUUUAUACCAAGAAGGUACUUUUUAGAAUAUUCCAAGGAAGUGCUAUAAACCUUCUAUUUAUAUACUAAGAACGUACUACCGCACAUCUUUGUAUGGGAAGAAUAUUAUAUUUUUAAGAAUAUUCUAAGAAAGUGCUAUCAAGUGCUAUAUUGCUUAGAAGUAUGUUUUCAGCAUCACCUAAUCUCAUCUUAGGUUCUACUGGUUCUACCAAAUAUCUAUUUACAUAUUUUAAUUGCAAAUGAGAAUGUAGUUAGUACCUACAUUCUACAAUAUUACUUAAAAAGUAAGUACAUAUUUAUAAAUUUUAGUUAUUUAUAUAAAUCAUUAUAUAAUAUUUAGCUAAACUAAACUAUGCAUAAUAAGUAACUAAAAUUUAUAUAAUACUUAUAUGUACUUACCUAUUUAAGUAAUAUUGAGUUAUCAAAAUAGAUUAUAUGUAUUUUGAAGCACCGCAAACAAAAUAAACAGAUUAUGUAUGUUCUUUAGUCCUAGUACUACAUCAUUCGCCUUCAUCCUUAACACUGCAUAGAUCCAUAGAUGAUACAAAUAAUGAAAUAAUGACUGUUUUCUUUUUCAUAUUUUACGGUUUUUUCCUAUCCCUGAUCCAUUCAGGUAAAUGGUCAGAAUAUGAUGGGUUAUGAAUGUAUUGUGGAAUAACAAAAUCGGUGGUCAGUGUUGCCAAACGGAGAUAAAUUUCCCUUUUUGCGGGAAUUUUCAACAUAAAAGGUGAUAAAGGGAAAAAGUUAACUCAAAAGGGAAUUAUUGUUCUAGUCCAAAUUGUAAAAUGUUAAGAAAAAAUCAAAAUAUUUGAAAAUAAUUCAACAUAUCUUCUCAGAUUUUGUAAACAGGAGGGAAGUUUUUUUUUAUAAAAGUGGGAAUUUUUAAGGUAAGUUGACGGAAAAAGCUUACUCGACGGUUGGCAACGCCAAAGCCUUUGGUUGUUUUGGUUGUGCAGUUUGGCACGUUUUGGUUCUGCGAAAUGGCCUAUUGAAUUGAAUGUACCUAAAUUAAAAUUCCAAGGAUGUAAAAAUACUAAUGAUUCAUGAUAAACUAGAAAUGGUAAAGUCAUUUCAAUUAUGAAAACGAAUUUUUAAUAGUAUCUAUGUAAACGUUAAUACAAUUAAUGUUUAAACUUUUUUACCCUACAACAAUUUUGAAAUGAAAUUCGUCCAAUACUACCUACAUACAUAAAUUUUAUUAAUUAUGUAUUCUAAAAAAUAACGAAGUUGAUAAUCUAUAAGGCUAAUAUUAUACUUCCUAUACAUACAAAUUAUUUUUAAGAUAUUUUAAAAGUAUCUACUUAUAAGUAUGUGUUAAGAAUGUACUUAUAAGUAUGUGUUAAGAAUAUUCGAUAAAGGUAUAUUCUAAGAAUAAACUUUUACGAAUAUUCCGAGAUCCUACGUACACGAAUAUACUUAGUAUAUUCGGUACGAGAAUAUACUUUGAAGUAUAUGCAAAGAACAUGAAAUUUAGAAUGUUUUUUAAGGUAGAUGCUAUGCUUGUACUACACAUAUACUAAAAAGAAUAUACUCCGACGAAUGUUGGUAGUAUAUGCUUAGAACAUGAUGCGAACAUCAUUGUUAUGUGGGAUAUGUAUAGUCGCCAUUUUGAUUGCCCGCCAUUUUUGUAAAAGGCAAAAUUUGAGAUGGCCUCGUAUCUAAAUUUGAACCUUUAUAUAUUUAGUAUAUAGGGUCCAAAUUAUAUGCUUAUACCGUUAAAUAUACAAUAAUUCUUAUAUUUGCACGAAUCUAUCGCACAUAGGUACAUGUGAAGAUACGUUAUGCAUUUAAUAAAUGGUAAUAACUACUCCCUAAAAAAUAUAUUUUUCUACAAACGUGUUAAAAAUGCAACGUUUAGCACACAUAGGAGCGUUAAAAAUGUUACUUUAAAGCACUAUUGCUUUAAAAAUUUUAAAUCACUGCAGUUAAAAUUGAAAUGUCAAAUUUUGAAAACAAACGUCAAAAUAUUUUUUAUAUUUCAUUUAUUCAUUAAUAUUAACAGUAAAACUUGCGCAAUUUGAAAAAGGUUUUUUAGAAGGUUUUUUAAAAUUUAAUUUAAACUGUAUUAUUGCAUUUUUAACACGUUUGUAGAAAAAAACUAAUAAAAUUUGUUAGAAUAUACAACAAUAAAACUAGAUGUUAUUCUAUAGUUGUUAUGAUUUACGUAUUGACAGUAUUAGGUCUGGAUACCGCGUAUGAAAAAAAAGUUGAUUAAUAGCAAGCUGAAAAUUUGUUAAUAGCUUAAGGGUGUCUAGUCGGACAAACUUUGAUAUAUGGGAACACUGGAACAGGGGAAGUUUUAAUUGUGGAACGAAAACGGCACAUGUAUUUUGUCCGACAGAACAGACGUAAACUCUCCGAACAGAGAUUAAACUCUCAUGCAAAAAUCAGACUGCUAUUUAUCACCAAAUGGGCGUUUUAAUGAGUGGAACAUGUAGAAUAUGUCAAAUGACAGGAAUUAUGACAGGUGAUAAAUAGCAGUCUGAUUUUUGCAUAAGAGUUUAAGUUCUUUGUUCGGAGAGUUUAAGUCUGUUCUGUCGGACAAAAUAAAUGUGCCGUUUUCGUGGUCUGACCGUUCCAAAUUUUUAACCUGUUCCACAAUUAAAACUGCCCCUGUUCCAGUGUUCCCAUAUAUCAAAGUUUAUCCGACUAGACACCCUUAAGCUAUUAACAAAUUUUCAGCUUGCUAUUAAUCAACUUUAUUUUCAUACGCGGGAUCCAGACCUAUAUAGGCAGGGUUUAGGUGGAAAGUCAAGACAAAAAUAUAAAAAUGGAAUGUCAGUUAAGUUUAAGUAAAAGUUUUUGUAGGUAUUGUCCUGUAAUUUAGAAUGAAUAAAUUAUAAUUGUUGAUAUAUGACGUUUGUAGAAAAAAGUAUGAUUGUAUAUGUAGAAAAGAUUGUAUGAUAUACGUGUUAAAAUUACAUUUUUAAGGCACUCAUGUGAAUUGCAGAAUUCGCUUCGCUCAUUCUGCAAACCUUCACAUGCGUGCCUUAAAAUUGUAUUUUUAGCACUUAUAUCAUAAAUAACUAUUAUCUACUCUAUGUCUAUUAUGUAUAAGUUUAUAGUUUGUGAAAACUGUCAUUAUAGAUAGCAGUGCGUGAAGGAUUUAAAGUGUGUGUGAAGUAACAAUGUAUUUUAAAUGGGGUUUACUUUUUCGCACUGUUUUUUGUCAUACUUUCAUAUAAUCAAAUAUCCUUAACUUUCGCGUUGUCAUGGUGAUGACAUAAUGAGCAAUAAAUUACAACAAAUGUUUUGACAGUUUUGUGGUUUGAAAGGAGUUAGAAUUUUUAAAUGUCAGUUUUAAAAAUUUUAGAAUAGAAAUGAAUUCCAGUGACGAAGAA